AUGGCCCAAGAACACGUUCAUUCUUCAGCCGUAGAGAGACUUUGGAAUUGCGAGGUACCAUUACGAGCUCAAUAUAUACGAGUGUUAUUCCGUGAAAUCACUCAAAUUUCAAGUCAUUCACUUGCUUUAACUACUCAUGCUAUGGAUGUAGGAGCAUCAACUUCGUUCUUGUGGGCUUUUGAGGAGCGGGAGAAAUUGUUGGAAUUCUAUGAAAGAGUCUCGGGAGCCAGGAUGCAUGCCAGUUUCAUAUCACUAGGUGCAGUGGCACAAGAUCUGCCUCUUGGCUUAUGUCGAGAUAUUGAUUCCUCCACACAACAAUUUACUUCUCAUAUCGACGAAUUAGAAGAGAUGUCAACCGAUAACCGUAUCUAG